AGAAAACAUCUUAAUGCAACAAUUUUUAAAUCAAUUUAAAGAAAUAAUCAAUCCAAAUGAUAUUAUACUUAAGGAUGAAAACACUGCGAUUGGAUAAAUUUACCUAUAUAAUUAAUUUUCUGAGGAAUAUUCAGAUUUAAUAGAAAAAUUUACUACAACUUAAAGCAUAUGUGGAUACACUUCAGUUGCAAAUGCCAUUGCUUUAAAAUAAAUAGGCCCUUAAGUAGGAUAUGUCUAAGCUAUUCAGCACUUAAGAAAAAACUCAUAAUUAAGAAGAAAAUAUAUACAGGAUGCAAUGAUAUAUAUUUAAAAUAAUAGAAAAAAAUAUAUUUAAGAGAGCUAAUGGUUAAAUUCGAACUCUAAAGAUGCUAAUAAUUACAUGAAAGAUUGGGUUGCUAAUUUUGAAAUAAGUGAUUAUUUAAGAUCAAAGAAAUUUGAAAAUAUUUAUUUUAUUAGAAAUGUAGCUUUUGAUCAUCCAGAGUUAAUGAAUGAGAUUAAAUAUGAAGAGAAAGAUAGAGUCUAAGAAGAAUUGCCUUUUAAAGGUGAUUCAAUAUUUAUUGAUUAUGGAUUUACUUCAUAAUUUAUCAAAAGGAAAGACUUUGAAUAUUCCUCCCAACAUAUAUAUGUUAUUGACAUUUUGGGUCAUUUUAUUUGCAGUAUAGUUUUAGAAAAUUAAGGAAAAAAAUUAAUAUUAUUGUUAGAGACAAUGGAAAAUAAUAGAAUCAAAAAUCCAACUAUUUAAUAGUUUUAUAAGAUUUGAU